CUGAGGAGGAAGAAUUUUUAAGUUUCGUUUUCCAGAGUAACUGGUGAAUGACACUCAGAAAGUAAACAAAUUCUUCAUCGGCGUUUCUGAGGCUCAGCAAACCAUCUAAAACAUGAGCAGCUGGGAUUCUUCCUUGUGGACGAGAACCUUUGAGGAACUUCUGGAUGAUGACAGCGUGUUUGACUACCAAGAUGCGUGGACCCUCAACUUCAACUACAACCUGACAGAUGAAAUCACCCAAGAAGAGAGGAGAAGAGGCUGGAAGGUCUUCUCCCCCUGCGCCCGUGGAAAAUUUCUGUGCCAAGCCUGCAACAAGACCUGGUCAUCAGCGCGGGUGACGGUGUUGUUUCGUUACAGGCUGCGACGUGAUCGCGGCACAGUGAUCAUGCGGCCCUUUGGUCAAGCAUGUCUUAACUGCAACGAAGACUUUUAUCUCCCAGGUUUUAAUGAAAAGGAGGUAACAUUUGUCCUGACACGUCUGUUUACCAAAAUCCGCAAGAACUGCUAUGGAGAGGUGGUUGAUGAUGGUGAUCGUGGACCGUCAUAUACAAGAAGGUCAAAACCCCACGAGGCAUCGCUGUGCGAGGCCUGUGAACAGGGAAUUUGCUGUCAAAAGGAAGAGCAAAACUAAGUGGUGUGUAUGUGUGUGCAUAUACAUACAUGUGCAAAUGUUUCUUUGUUGAUCUGAGAAAGAGAGAGAAGAUUCUUUCUAGAUUGUAAAGGACAUUUUAAAAGUCAAGUCAUCAUUUGAUCGUCUGUAUGUCAUGGACAAACACCACAGGUUCCAAUAGUUUAAUUAGAAUGCUUCACAGUAUUUUGUGGCAUCUAGUAAAAUGUAAAGCUUGUUUUUGAAGUGCUCAUUAAUUGUAGGAUUAUGUUAAAGGAUGGUACAUUUUCCAUCAGGCAAAAAAAAAAAAAAAAUAGAAAAUGAUUAGUUGUCAAGGUCAAUCACUUGACAUACCUGACAUAGCAGUUUUUUAUAUUUUCUAAAUGUCUAGCAAAGCAUCUCCAGAGAAGAACACUUUCCUGAAAUAAUUGGGCCGUAGAUCUCUAGUAGUCAUUAACCGCAAAAGAUUCCUGUUAACCAAAUUAUUUUUGCAAUAUACAAUUACAAUGAUCUUACUCUUUAUGAAUGCUUAUGAUGAAGGUACUUUGUUUAAAAUGGCUG